CUUCCCUUGUACUCCACCACCACUUCCAAAUCCUCCAACUCCUUCCCUCCCAUCGUUCCGUCCCCCGCCUCUCGGUUCGAAAAGCUUCGAGGGGGUUAGUGCUUUCGGUCGCAAUGGCGGAGGGCUGCGGCGCGGAGGCGGAGCCGGCGACGCCGGCGCAGGACGGGACGACCCAGGGACUGGAGGAUCGGCGGCUGCUGCGGUCGCAGUACCUCGCCGUGAAGGGCCAGAUCAACGAUGAGAAGGAUGAAAUGGCGAGCGCGGAUUCGGUGAAGUUCAAGGCCAUCUUCACGCAGGUGGAGAGCCUGCACCAGCUUGUUCAGAGGCCGAGGGAGCAGAUAGCUGACGCAGAAGCUUUGUUGGACAUAACCACCAGUUUGGUCACAUCGGUGAGGUCGCACUCUGCUCUAGGAAUCACGCCUUCUCAUCUUGUUGCUGGACUGCUCAAAAAAUUUGGGAGCCAAGGGAGUGUCGAUGGAGAGGGUGCCUCGUUAAGCUGGGGUGAUGUUGGGCUUGACACGUCUCACGUCUUCAUGGCUGUGCUCGGAUGCUGCACCAUGGUUGGUCCCAUGAAAGCAGAAGUAAAGCCGCGAAUGGUUCGUACCAUUAGAAAGAGGACUGCAUGGACACUUAAAAACGCUUGCCCAGAACAGCUCGCUGAUCCAUCAGAGACAUCAAAGACUGAUACUGACAGGAACAUGGCUGUUCUAUUUGAUGUUCUAAGGAAGAAGAAAAAUGCAAGACUAGAAAACCUUAUAUUGAAUAGGAAGUCCUUUGCCCAAACAGUGGAGAAUAUAUUUGCCUUGUCAUUCCUAGUUAAAGAUGGCAGAGUGGAAAUCAAUGUGAAUGAUGAAGGACAUCAUAUUGUCUAUCCAAGAAAUGCGCCUGCUGCUAGUGCAAUUGUGUCAGGAGAAGUGGUAUACAAUCACUUUGUCUUCCGAUUUGACUUUAAAGACUGGAAGCUCAUGAAAGAGAUAGUCCUGGAGGGGGAAGAACUGAUGCGGCACAGGUCUUCUCGCAGCAUGGCUCAAGGAAAUAACCAUCCGGAGAUGCCUGCACAGAGCUCGUUUGGAGAAAACAGUGAUGCUGAGAUGCCUGCACAGGGAUCGUUUGGAGGAAACAGUGAUCCUGAGAUGCCUGCAGCACACAGCACAUUUGGAGGAAACAAUAAUCCUGAGAUGCCUGCAGCACAAAGCACGUUUGGAGGAAACAAUGAUCCUGAGAUGCCCGGACACACAACGCCAAUCAGGAAGCUCUGCAGGAACCGGGGCCUGGUCAAGGACGCAAGACAAGAUGAGACGACAGCCGCGGACAAUCAGGAAAUGGAUGUGGAAGAUAAGACAGUGUCGAUUGCCACGAGCACGCUUGAAGCCAUGGUGAAUAAGGAGUUUAUCGAGUACAGGCACGAAACUGCCAAGACGUACAAGCGCAGGCGCCUCUUCCAGGAUUGACGAUUAGCGGCCUGAUCUUACCCGCCGGGUAUCGUGGGCCAUGGUGUAUAUAAGUUUCUAGCUUUUGGGGUUGAUGUAGCUGAAAAAGGUUAGCCAGCUUAUCUAACUUAGAUUUCGAGAGAUGUCUUUUGUAGGGAGUCAGGUUGAACUAGGCAAGCCAGGAUGUUAGUGAUCAGUGCGAUGCAUUUUUCUGUCAUGGAUUAAUGUUCAGUAGCACGCGAUCUUGCUCUGAAACAACGAACUUGAAUUACUUUGCUCGGGCU